GGGGGUAUUUUCGAAAAACGAUCGCAUCAUCCUUCGCGAUCGAGAAGUGCGAUGGAGUCUUUGUUCGUGAAAAUUCUUUUAAUUUCGGCGUUUUUCGCCCAAACGUGCCAUUGCAGACCUUCCAGCCCGGCGAUCGAUGAUCGCGAUGCCGUGGGUAAUCAUCCGUUCGAUCUGCUUAUCUUCACCCAACGAUGGCCAAUAACGGCGUGCUAUGAGUGGCGUGAGCACAACAAAGACCACAUCUGCGGUUUACCUUCGCCCAACAUCGUCUGGACAAUCCACGGUAUUUGGCCCACCAAGAUUAACACGAUCGGUCCGGCAUUCUGCAACAAAUCGGCCAUAUUCGAUGUGAGUCAGCUAUCCUCGAUUGAGUCCCAGCUGGAAGAGCACUGGCUCAAUGUGGAAAAGAACAAACCGACCGAUUCAUUGUGGGAACACGAGUGGCUGAAGCACGGUACCUGUGCCGCGGAAACCAUCGAACAACUUAACACGGAACUGAAGUACUUUGGUCAGGGAUUGAGCUGGCUCGAAAAGUACUCGGUGGGUUCUGGGUUCGCAGCGGGAGGUAACAUUCAACCCGGGCUCAACUACAGCCUGGCAACGCUCAACAAGGCGUUGUAUAGUUUCUAUGGCAAGGAUCUAGCGAUCGAGUGUUAUCAUGACUCGAAAACGCAUCUGCAAAUAUUGAACGAGAUCCGCAUUUGCUUCAACAAACAGCUCGAGCUGACCGAUUGUGAUGGAAUCGUUGGUUUGGAGCGACAAGCAACGCGCGGUGGUGCCGGCACUAUCAUCAGCAAUUGCAACGCAGCCAAACCGAUCCUCUACCCGGACACGGUUCCCAAGGAGUACGAGAUGGAAAACAAUGAUGUGGAAUCCAAAGCAGCCUACUACUCGGUGGUAUAUGAAGUAUCGCAAAGUAGCGACGGCCAGCAAGGCGAAGAAUCUCAGGUGGCCGACGAAUUCGUUGAAGUGAUCCUCGUCUAAUCUAGUGGACUUGCGUAAGUACCACCCAACUAGAGACUGUAGUAACCAAAUAAAGUAAAAUCUACCUUCCAAGUGUAA